AUGGAGAUAAUCAAGAGAUCUUUGUUUUCGGGCUUUAUAUCCCCUGCCGAAACGGUAGAAACGCCUGUCCAUCCUUUCUAUCCCCCUGAUAUGAACCCGGUUGAUUACGUCGCCAAUACCUUAGGCGUCUCCUUUCUUCUGAGUUUCUUCGCACUGGCCACAGCUGCCGUCAUUAUCCUAACUUCCCUUCUACUCAAAUGGCGUCAGUCGACUAUACCCAGUCAAGACAAAUUUCUAGUCGGGUGGUUUAUCUUCACUGGAUGUAUACACUUCCUCCUCGAAGGAUAUUUUGUGUACAAUCAUAAGACAAUGCCCAAGAUGCAGGAUCUUGGUGGCCAGCUAUGGAAAGAGUAUGCGCAAGCUGAUUCUCGAUACAUGACCAUGGAGCCAUUUGUGCUUUGUAUGGAGACAAUCACAGCUUUUACUUGGGGACCACUAUCUUACUUGAUUGCAUGGAUGAUUAUAGUGGAUUCUCCUCAUCGCCAUCCAACUCAAAUACUGGUCUCCAUGGGCCAGCUCUAUGGUGAUGUUCUAUACUAUGCAACAAGCAUUAUGCAAGACUAUUAUCAUGGGAGAUCUUACUCCAGACCUGAGCCAUAUUAUUACUGGGGAUACUUUGUAUUCCUCAAUGCUUUCUGGAUCGUGAUUCCUGCCGGUAAGUGA